GUUUCGUUGUUUUGUUCAUUGUGUUGACUUUCAAAUCAUUUUAAAUUUUAAUCAAGUCUGCGAUGGAAGCCCGUGGUUCUCCUCCACCGACAAAAAAACAGAGAACUGCCAAUUACUCAACAGAUGAGAAAAAUGUGCUGUUUAGCAUUAUAUGUGAUUAUAAAGGGAUAAUUGAAUGCAAAAAAACCAACGCCGUCACGUGGAAGGAAAAGGAGGCCACAUGGGAAAAGAUUUCCUGUAAAUUUAAUGCUCAAUCCCCAGGCGGUGUGUACAGAAAUGUGACAUCACUUAAAAAAUGUUAUGAAAACGCAAAAAAAACUGUUCGUAAAAAUGUGGCCCAUGAACGGUUAGAGUAUAUUAAAACUGGGGGUGGUACACCUAAUACAAUUGUCGACGAUAAAAACGAAGACUUAAUUUUAUCAAUCGUCAAUCCGAAGACUGUCGUAGGUAUCCAUAAUACCUUUGACUGCGACAUGGUUAUGGAAUGUUUGCCAGAGGAUAUAGCAAUUUCUACAACCAUGUCCCACGAAGCAUUGCCAGUAUCUAACCUGGAGGCUCCAUCAACAUCGGCAUCUGAAAUGGCCCCAGAGGCUGAAGAGGAUGUUGAUUGGGGCGAUUACAAGGUGGCCCACUUAAAAACGCCGGUAAAUAAAGCCUUGCAAACAAGUGGAAAUACUAAUAAAAAAAAUGGACAUCCAGGCGCCGACCAGUGGGUCAAUCCCUUCACUCGACAGACUUAACAAAAACAUAUAGUGAAGUGGCUAAACUCAAACAUGAAAUGUUAACCAUCCAAUUAGAGAUAAUUAAAGAAGAGAGGGAGGCCAAAAAC